AUGGGUAUUGACAACCGCCGGCUGAGGAUCGACGUUCCAAAGGAGGAAAGAAAACGUGAUGGGUUACGCAAGCUGCGUGACCGGGUUAAACAGAGGGUCAGCUCGUUGGAGCAUAAAGUUGAUGCCUCUGAAGUGAAAACUCGGUCCCUGGAUAACGACAAGAAGCAGACUUGGAAGGUGAUGUCUGAGCUCAUGCAUCGCUUCGCACUCUCCGACGACGGCGCUGCUGAAUUGACUGGACCCUUUGGAAAGAUGAACUGCAGGUACCACCAGCAGGUCGACUGUCGGAUGGACACAGCCACUCUGGCCAAGUGGUUUGUUGCUCUUGCUCGGGCCGUCAACUCCAAGGAACAACCGGUGAUCCUCAUCCUUAACAACGUCCCUUUCCAUCACAAGGCUUGGAACAUUGCCAGGCUCUGGGAAGAAACGAAGGGGUUGACAGUCUUAUUCUUGAUUGAAAUAUCCACGUCCUCUACACAGCCUCUUGGCCUGAUCAUCGUUGGCGCUACCAAGAAGUGGGCAAAGACGCUGCUGGAUGAAUUCUACAUGGCUACCCAAAGCAUCAGUGGUCAAUGGGCCAAGGUCACCGCCCUGCACAAGAUCAACUACAUGAUCCAAUCGUGGGAAAAGCUAUUACAAAGUUUCAUAGCUAACUGCUUUGGAAGCAGUCCUGUGUUUGCUGACCACAAGUACGUUCUACCCUCCAAGUCUGUGCAGAAGCGCAUCGAUGCAAGACUAGCCAGACUUGGACUCAGAGACACCGGUUGUUCUGACGAUACGAAGGAAGAGCCAGAACCCGACGUGAACAUCAUCGAUGACGAACAGGAGGAUUCCGACAGUGAAGCGAUGGGGCCAGUCAACCCGUACCCUCCAGGGAACUCUCUGCAAGCCCUUUAUCAACCACCAUCAGCACCCUCUGGUUGUGAGGGCCCCGGAAAUCCAUCUCUGCCUCGUUUUCUUCCGACUCGUUAUGGCCCGAAUGGGAACCGACUUUCAGAUGCACCCUCUGUUCCCCCAAUGUGCACUAGUGAAUGCUGCAAACCCUCUCUCUCCUGGUUCCCCUCACCAUCAUCUUCCAAUGGCUACCCAUCUCCUCAGAAUGGAUCCCUCCUGCCUCACUCACCUUCCAGUGGAUACCCUCAGCCUCCUCUGUAUGGAUGCCCAUCUCCUCACUCGUCUUACAGUGCUCAGCCUCCUCUGAUGCUCAUCUCCUCACCCCUCUUCCAGUGGAUACUCCCAGCCUUCUCAGAAUGGAAAGCCGUCGGUUCACCCGUCUUCCAUUGGAUAUCCCCAGCUUCCUCAGAAUGGAUACCCUUCUCCUUUUGGGAACGGGUACCACCAGCUCUACUCCCCACAGCUCCAGCCCGUCCUAGUGAAUGA